AGCCGGGAAGGCUAGGCUGGUCUGCGGCCGCGGUGGAGUCUCCGCCGCUCACGCUGCCCGCCGCGACUCCAGCGGCGGCGCCGUUCCCCGGCUGCGCGGCUCCCCGACGCACGGCUCGGGCGGCUCCCGGUGCGGUGCGGCUGCCCCGGCGUUCGGGUCCCCGUGGGCCCGCGGCUCACGCCCCGGGCUGCGGGGCACGCAGGUGGGCCGGCGGCCGCGGGGAGAUAGGCCCCCGGGGGCAGCGGCGGACCAUGGCGCGGAGACCUGGAGCGCCCGCUGCCUACGGGGAGGAGUUCUCCUUCGUCAGUCCGCUGGUGAAAUACCUGCUCUUUUUCUUCAACAUGCUCUUCUGGGUAAUCUCCAUGGUCAUGGUGGCUGUGGGUGUCUAUGCCAGGCUGAUGAAGCAUGCAGAAGCAGCCUUGGCUUGUCUGGCGGUGGACCCUGCCAUCCUGCUCAUUGUAGUGGGUGUUCUCAUGUUCCUUCUCACCUUCUGUGGCUGUAUCGGAUCCCUUCGGGAGAACAUCUGCCUUCUGCAGACGUUCUCUCUCUGCCUCACCAUCGUGUUCCUGCUGCAGCUGGCUGCUGGCAUCCUGGGCUUCGUCUUCUCAGACAAGGCUCGGGGGAAAGUGAGUGAAUUAAUCAACAAUGCUAUUGUGCAUUAUCGAGAUGACCUGGACCUGCAGAACCUCAUUGACUUUGGCCAGAAGAAGUUCAGCUGCUGUGGAGGGAUUUCCUACAGAGACUGGUCUCAGAAUAUGUACUUCAACUGCUCGGAGGACAACCCUAGCCGUGAGCGUUGCUCUGUGCCUUAUUCCUGUUGCUUGCCCACCCCCAAUCAGGCAGUGAUCAACACUAUGUGUGGCCAAGGUAUGCAGGCUCUUGACUACUUGGAAGCUAGUAAAGUCAUCUACACCAACGGCUGUAUCGACAAGUUGGUCAACUGGAUACACAGCAACCUGUUCCUACUUGGUGGUGUGGCACUAGGUCUGGCCAUCCCCCAGCUGGUGGGAAUCCUGCUGUCCCAGGUCCUCGUGAAUCAAAUAAAAGAUCAGAUCAAACUACAGCUCUACAACCAGCAGCACCGGGCUGAUCCGUGGUACUGAGAAGCCUUCCCGUGACACCUGACCAUGGUGACAGGCAAGCCUCAUGGACCAACAGCAGAGGGUGCUGAGAACAGUACCCUGUGGCGAUUUGGAUUCCAGCCCCCCAGCAAUGAGGGUCCAGUGGAAAGAAGCAGACUGCAGAAGACAGGGCACAGGGUGGCUCAGGUCUACGAAGGAUGUGCCUCAUCUCCCCCACCCUAGCCUCAGCACUGUUAGCGAAUUAUUUCGUCCUGUUUCUAACCUUGAACAUGAGUUGUGUUUUUCAGUUUUGUUUGGGCAAAGGUGUGUGGGGAAACAGCAGCGGUACAGAAAGCUUAGGGAUACUAGCUGCAUACUCUCACCCAGGCACAACAAACAGCUCUGUUAGGGCCGCUCCGGAGCUAGGUGGACAUUCUUAAGAGUUUGCUGCCAGGGAGACCUGGCUGUGGAACAGACACUAGCAGCCCUGCCUGGAGUCCAGCUGGCAUAAUCCCAGCUCCAGAGGGGAGGGGAGGGGAGCAAGCAGAAGGGAGUAAGCCUGGGUUUGGGUCGGGACAGCUGGGUACGUGGGUAGGAGUGGAAGCGGGUAUGUUUACCAAACGCUUGCCUUGCUGUCCUCCCAGGUAUUCAGAGUGAGCUACAUCCUGCCCCUCCUCUGUUUCCAUGGAAACAUGGCAGCAAGGGCAAGGGGGAUGGCAGCAGCCAAAUUCAUCCCCACCCCCUUCGCAAAAAAGUUUGGAACCAUGGUCCCUGCGUUCUGCAGUCGGCAGGAGCCGGCCUAAGCCAUACAUGUCCUUGAAUUCCUGUCUGCCCAGCCCUCCCUCUCCAGCAAGUGGGGUUUUCUUUAACUUGGCAAAGGCGUGGCAACACCCUCCACCCUCAUCCCCCUGCAUCAGAACUCAGUGUUUCUACAGUGCAAGAAUCAGGAAUCUGGCAGACAUGGCAAUAAAAGUUUGUUGACCUGGGCUUAGCUGGUCCUACAUCAAUUUUCCAUUCAGACAACUAGGAGAGAAGGGACCAGACUGUGGGCCCUUCCUUCUGGAGGAGACUGGAGACCCCUAGGUCGUACAAUGCCUCCCUGUUCCCCCACAUGUCCCAUCCACAUUAGGGCCGCGCUCUGGGUUUCUAAAUUGGGAAGAAUGAUUUCAGGUGCUGAUCUAGAGAAAUGGUGUUACUUUAUCCCAAAUCCCUACCUUGGGUUUUUUGUUGGCUUUUUCUCGAAUGACAGUGGGUUGGAAUUUAUUUAGGAUGGGGUAGGGAGUUAGGAGAGAGCACUCUACAUCAGAGUGGAAGGAGACUAAGAGAAAGGCUUGGUCCACCCUGCAUCUUUAUCUGGAGUAGCUGGGCACUGACGCCCAGCCCAGCCAGCCGUAGGGAGGACUCAGCAAGCCCUCUGCAGCGUGUGCGGCUUCCUCCUCCUGGAGCAGCUUGCGAGGGCGGGGCGGGGCGGGGCGGGGCGGCUCUGCUACAUGGGUGGUCCCCACACCCGUGACCUGGGGACCUAGGAGAACGUCCUCUGCAGCCAGGGCCUUGGAUGGGGGCGGGGGGCUUUGGCCUGACCCAAGGAGACUUGAAGAGAAAGAAUCCCUCAGGUUCUAGGAAACAAAGGCCUGUGUGUGUGUGUGGGGGGGGGGGGGUCCCGCCCCUAGGGUUUCUCUGCCAGCCUUCUGCGCCUGUGAGGGCGCCUUUCCAGCAGGCGCCUGGGGCCCAGGCCAGUGUUUAGCGCCCAGCUCGAAACAACGGAAAGAAGAAAUAAAAUCAUCAUGAAUGUAAAAUUUUAGUCCGAGGGAGAAGGAUGAAAAACGCACACUUUUCGUGGUAAGGUGCCGUUCUCUAGUAGUGCCCAAAACAUUCAUUUUAUCCUUUUCUGUCUUUCAAUGGCACAGGCUCAGAGACUGAAUCUUGGGUUAGGGGUUGGGGUGGUGUGUAUUCCCAAGGACUGCGGCAAAGGGUUCGGCUUGGACUAAGGGUCUCCAAUUUCUGCCAGUGCCCUAGAGUGAAUAAAUGUUCAGAAACGCAGCUCCACGAUUCUGGCUAAAUUCAAGUUUGUGCCCCUGCGCUCCCUUUUGCUAGGAGAGAAAAUGUCUCCUUGAUUAAACAAUUUCU